AUGCAAUCUCUCCGACCACUUUUCUUGGCACUGGCAGUGAUGCUCUCCCUAUCCACAGCCAGAGCCUUCCGUCACUGGAAUCUCUACCCUGCUGUUGACACAUACGACUAUGAUCUCGACGACUUAGAAGAUGACUACGUCCGACUGCAAAAGCGUUUUCUUCUGGGUCUCGGACUGACCAAGAACACUCCUGGCAAGGAGUACUUCUCAAACGGGUAUAGAAAAACUCACAAACGGCAAUAA